CAACAUUAACCGCUGAUCUAGGACAGCGCACUCAUUGAAACCAAUUUGGAACAAUUUUUGUUUCCAUUCCGAUUUUGGUUAUCCUCUAUAUGAAGCGAAUUCGUUUAUCUAGUCGAUUGGAUAGUAUAUGGAUGCAUGAAAUAAUAUUCCAAUUAAAUAUGCGUUCAUGAAGUAUUUCUUUAAUCAAGGAUUGAGCAAGCUUUGAAGUAAGGAAGCCAUUCCAUUGGAGGUCACCACGAGAUUUGAUUGCUUCUCUGCUGGAAAGGUUGGAAAAAUAAUGAAUUUUUAAAACCCGAAGAAAGCCGGUACUGAAAAAACACACAGAUGUUUAGGAAAAUUAGAACACUAACCAUGCGCUCCCGAGUCGAAAGGGUCGCAAAUAUUCACAAUCUUCCGUUAUUUCGAUGGCUUUUAAUAAUGGUUUACUUGUAUAUCGCAACUUUCAUGUUUUUCCUUCCAUGGUUCUGCCGUGAUUUGGGUUUUUCAAUGUACUACACUAAGUCAGAUCAUACAAUUGAUCAACUCAGGGAAGUUAAUCGUGCCAGGACGCUCAAAGCGCGGGAUUUCUUGUCAUCAACAUCAAAGCUAUCAAUAUGGGAUUUUUUCAAUGGAGAGAAGAGAGAAGAUCUGGAAUUUGCUUUUAUUGUUGUGUCUGUGAGAAGGCAGGAAAAUUCAAACUACUUGCUUCAAGUUGCAGCAAGGUUGAUAGAUCAAACACUUAGAGAAAAAGAGACACCAACAGCUGCAGUUGUUGUAAAUGUAGAUGCAGAGCCAGACCUCAAUGAAGAUGCUAAUGCACUAUCAAAAUACAUGACUGUUCUAAACCAAAAAGAAAUUCUGAGAAAAGCCAACCAGACGUUUUUAUAUGAUAGUGUUUAUGAGAAAGAAAAACAAGAUUAUGCAUUUGCACUAGAAGUAGGAGUUCGACUUGGCGCCAAGUAUACUGUCAUUAUAGAAGAUGACGCCCUCCCUGAUACACAGCUUAUUAAGAAAUUACAACUAGUACUAAAACACAGGUUACCCAAACCCUGGUUUAAACCUCACAAUGAUUGGUCUUUUAUUAAAUUGUAUUACCCUGAGAAAUGGCAAGGAUUUGGAAAUACAGAAAUACAUGAACUUAUAUGCAUUUUCAUUUUUGGUGGAGUCAUUGCAGUUUUAAUUCAUGUACAGAUACUGAAAUCCAGAAACUUACAAAUCCAAGUCUUUCUCUUCUUUGCACUUGGAAUUUUUUUUGUUGCUGUUGCUUAUGGAGUUGGUCGAGCACACUGGAUUGAGCUACGGAAACUUGUGUUCCCAUUUUACACUGUUUCAAAAGCUCCAAAUUGUUGUACUCCGGCCGUUCUUUAUCCCAAAGAACAUUUGAAAAAUCUUGCUGGAUUUCUAACAACAAAGACGUGUUCAAAGACUUAUCCUUUGGACUUUGCCAUUGAUGAGUAUGCAGAAAAGCUGAGGCUUCAGAAGUAUUUAGUGACGCCUAAUUUGUUUACACAUAUAGGAUUCCAUUCCAGUCUUAACAAGGCAAAUAAAGAUCUUAGAGAGUUUAGUUUGUUGUUAGAUCCUUAAAAAUUCUAAAGCUUUCUGUAAUUCUUUCAUUAGAAGAGUAGAUAAAAACUUAUUUUAUCAGGUAUUCCUCUAAUAAUAAUAAUGGUUUAUUACAGAUUCCAACAAUUAAGAGGCUCUUCUUCUGUAAGAUACUUACAAUUAACAAUAUACACUACAAUAUACACUACUGAUAAAAAAAAAAUCUAAUAUAGUAAGUUCUAAGUUAUAAUAUCUAUAUCUAUAUGCAAUUUAAGAAUAUGUAUAUAAAAUGUCGAUUAAAUGAAGUUAGAUAGCCA